CGCACCUUUGCGAUCCUUUGCGUUUUCUUAGCGGAGCGCAGAAGCGCCCGAUGGGCGCUUCUCACACAGAGCUCAGUGGUGCUUCUUGGAUCUUCGAGGAGGCGGAUGGAUGGCUCGGCUUCUCGCCCAGCGUGAGCCGUGCCCUAGAGGAGGCCUACCAAACGUGGCUGCAGGAGGAUGCUGGCGGCGCACUUUUGCCCCAAAACUUUCGAUACCUGGCACAGUUCAUCCAGGAUGACUGCCCGGCGCAGCGUAUUUGCCGCGUCAGCAACAACUUGCCGCCGGAGAAGUGCGCAGUUCAUUUGGAGCUGAAGGCGCUAGAGGAGAAAGUUCAGCAUUUGGAGGCUCAACUGUCAGCUGCCGGCGAGCUGGAGCAGAAGCUGAAGCGGGCCCUUGACGAUGCACGAUCUCAGGCACCGCUGCCGCUCUCGGAGGCAGAGCGGCUGGUUGUCACGCUGCGGAAGGCUCUUUGGCCUGGCAGGCUGGUGAAGUGGCGGAUUCCCGAUGCUGGUGAAGCGUGCCUCGUGGGAAGGAUCCUUUGCAUGUCAGGCAGCGAGGCCGGCGUGGCCUUCGCUGACUUGGACGAUGCUGUUUGGCUGCCGUGCUGCGCGUUGGAAGCAGAUUCCCAAGCAGAAGUUCUCAGCCGGAGUGGGAGCAAGGUCUUUUGGCACGGAGGUGGCCGCCCUCAAAAGGCCUUGGUGCAAGGUGACGGCCUGCAUCCAGCAACGGUGCGAAUCUGGAGCGAGGGUGUAGAAUGCAGUGUGGCCAUCCAGGAUUUGACAGCCCGUACUCCAACGGCCCAUCCUGACCUGGGAGAUGUCGUUCGACAGGGCCAAAGCCUUGGCUUGGUCGUCCAAAGUGACGACCUGGGCAUUUGCAUCCAGUCCUUUGCUGGAUCCCAGGAGAAGCAACCUCAGGCGUUCAUUCCAACGACGGAUGUGGACGAAGCGCUGGCCGCAGGUGACUUGGAACUGCUGACCUUGCAGCCGGGUUGCAGUGUGAUGCGGGGCCAGGAGGUUGGAGUUCUACAUUGUCGCCGUGGAGAGUAUGCCAUUGUGGACUUUCUGGGUGAGAUUGGAUGGGAGGGCCCUCUUGAUCACUUGGAGCCUGCAAAGGAGGAUGCCGCUGCUUCUCAGUUCUUGGCUGCCAUUGGCGAGCUGUUCCCCAAGUGUGCAUCGGAAGUAAAGCUGGGAAGAAGAGCACUUGUGUGCCGAUCUUCGGACCCACUGUGUCGAAAUUGCAAAGACCAGGUCGGCGGUGUUUUCAAUGGGGUGAGGCACAUAAUGUUUGCCCCAAUGAUUGUUGGCUCAGUUCAGGACCGUUUUUUGCAGAGGGGGGCCGGGUUUGGAUGAAGACCCUGGGAGAAAGAGAUUCCAGGAGGUCAAUGCCAGCCAUAUAAGAAAAUU